UGAUAUACCCAUGUCCGAUCUCAACCGAAAGACGGACGUUUGCAAGUGUGGAUACCACCAUAACUGUACAACGUUGAAGUGAGGUCAGAACAACCGGAGUACUCCAAGACAGUGGCAUAUGAAUACUCGUUGAUCACGCCUACUACCCCUUCUCAGUUUCCCAAUGUCUGCAACUCUUCGUCACCCUUUUCUGGGCCUCAUAAGAGGACACAGGCUACCAUCCUCCGACCUUGUGCAAUACUCCGGCAUACCGUACGCGUCCAUCUCGCAGCGCUUUGCCCGAUCCACCACCCUGCUUGAUUUCCCAUCGACGUCUCCACCAGAACCUUUCGAUGCAACAAGAGCAGGACCAGAAUGCAUACAACCUGAUAAUGCCACAAAGCUCGAUGCAGAUUGUAACCAAUUCCCACACGCUGGAUUUCAAGAGCAACCGCAAUCGGAACACUGUCUUUAUCUCAACAUCACAACUCCUGUGGCAUCUCAGGAUUCGUCCCAGCCACUACCUGUUGUGGUCUUCCUUCACGGUGGCGCGUUCUUCCUCGGCUCCUCAACUCGACCAUAUUACACCCCCGUCAACUUUCUCGCCCAUGCCCUUCGAACCGAUCGUCUGCAUGUCUUCAUCUCCGUGAAUUAUCGUCUGGGUGCUUUAGGCUUCUUACAUUCUCCUGAAGCAGGAUCUCUCAUUUCACCCAACAACGGUCUGCAUGACCAGGUGCGUGCUUUUGAAUGGAUACAUCGCAAUGUAUCCGGCUUCAAUGGUGAUCCUGAGCGUAUCACCGCCAUUGGGCAAUCUGCUGGAGCUGAAUCGCUAUCUUUGCAUGCGAUCUCCUCCAACCCCACUGCUCUCUUCAAGCAGAUGGUGGCUUUGUCUGGCUCGCCCGUGACUAUGCCUUGCAAGACUCCGUCACAGCAUCAGGGAAACUUUCUCUCCCUUGCUCUAAAGCUUGGUAUACAGGACAUCGAACAAAAGUCUUCCGCGGAAAUUGCUCAAGAGUUCAUUCAUGCGCCUAUCAGCAAGAUUCGCGAUCUGGCAUUCGUCGGGGCGCCAUGCAGCUCCUCCGAAACCCUGCCGUACAACCACCCAACCAUGUCACUCGUCGACUCGAGACCAACAAGCAGUGUAACUUGGAUCGAGCGAGCGAUUUAUAGCUCAGCCACGUUCGACGGUGGUAUAUCGUACAACAUUUUGGUAAAGUCGAGAAAUGACAUUGCGAAAACGUUCAUACAGACCGCCCAGGAGAGCAUGACGACGGCUGGCGCCACUGAACUUUUGGGACUUUAUGGUAUCAAUGACAGCGACAGCGAUACUGACGCCCUCGAAAAGAUAUGCCAAUUCGAGUCAGACAUCGGUUUCUUCUCGGCCUCACUUGCACAGGUCCAGGGUUCGAGUGCACGGAAAAAGUAUUUACAGAUUUUUGAUCUGAAAAAUCCCUUCGAUGAGGGCGGAGCGCUUCCCAAGAAUAAGUUUGCAACGCAUACAUGGGACAUCGUCGCUUUACUUGGCUGUUAUGACGACUUGAUGGAUAAGAAACAAGUGGAAGUCAUUCAGCAUUGGAGGUCUCGGCUAUUGGACUUUGUGUAUGAGAAAGACGAUGGGAUUUGGGCCGAAUGGGAUGAGCAGAAAGGAACCGCCCUGAAAGUCACAGCUGAGGGCUUACACAUGCAAGGCAAGAGGGAAUACAUGGGCGAGGACGGAGGCAGGAGAAAGAAGCUCCUGAAAAUCGCAGAGAGGGAGGAGGGAAGCGAGGGCCGGGACUUCCUGUGGGAAGGCGUGUGCAGAAAAUGGCUUGAUGGUUGAUGCCACUCAGUAAUCGUUACCUGUGGACCCGUACAGAUGAUGGCCAGUCUCGAGGACCUCGAUCUCGUCCCCAACCUCGACAUAUAAAUCGGCACCCUGGUCCAUGGCUUGCUUGAACCCGGAAUCUUCAGGGACGCAGUGCAUGCCCAGAUAUCCAAGCGCGGCUGGGUUCCCGUUUUCCACGGUCCGAUAUUCCACCAACGUCGUGCUUGGUUGAGGCUUCCCCUUCUUCUUCUCCGGAGGUGCAUUCUCUUCCUCGAAAUGACCGGUAUCCGGAUUCA